GAGGUAAACGCCUGUGAACGAAUUACAAACGAGUUUCGAGAGACAAAGAAUAUCAAAGACGAAAAGUGACACGAAAGAGGACGUGCGAAAAAGCACAACGUUGGGAUUCAUGAACUCGAAGUGUACCCCGGAUAAGGAAGGAGAGCACUAGGAAGAGCAAUCCCGUGCAACGUGGAAAUUUUAGAAAAAUGGCGUCGGAGGAUUGCGAUUUGAUCGAUCUUGGAAACGACGUAUGUGUGCCAAGAGUUUCACUGACCGAUCCAACGCCAGAGGAACAGGAACAUCUACUGGAUGUCUGUCCACCAAAGUUGGAACAGAAGCUGUCCCUGACCGUGAAACAGGAGCAAGUUCAGAACGAUAGUGACAACGGUGAUGUCUUGGUGACCUUGGGACAUGAUCAGGUUGUACCAAUCCGGAAACGAAUCGACGUUGUCUCGUCGGAUACUAUAAAGAGGAUACGUGACAUCACGAGGAACCUCGAACCGGUUAUUAGACGAACUUGUUCAGGGAUCAUUCAGGAUCAUCGGGACAUUGUUGAUCAUGCUAGUUCAGAAAUAAUUAACACUUCGGAGGAAGAGACCUUCGAGGCGCAGGAGAUCAAUAGUGCUUUUGAUUUCCUUGCUGAACACGAGGACAACGAGGAUCAUAGUGAAACCAAUCAAGAUGACGUUGCUGGCUCGAAUAGAUCGAUAUCAUCGUCCGCUAUACCACUCAUCGAAAAAAAUGAGUCGUCUUCUUUAGAAAAUCGUCGUAGAAGAAAUAGCGAUAGUUACGAGGACAUAGAACUUGAUAAUCCAGCAUUCGAAUCCUCGCUUUAUGAAGUAUCAUCUUCAUCUCGUACGGUAGCUAACUCCUGCUUCGUUGAUUUUGAUCUUGAACUACGAGAGAAAUGUAAGAGACGUGCUCAAGACGAGAGUAUGUUCCUACGUGAUACGAAAAGGAGAUCCUUUCAGAGCGUAGUUCAUCGUAAAUCUUGGGCAGAAGGGACGAAGGGACAUGGUUCCAAGGACUCUGGUAGAGUCAAUAGAUCUGUUAGCUUGGAAGAGUCUGGUCAGUCUUGCGAACCUGUUGACUUUUUUACCGGGAAAACACCGGAUGAAGAAUCAACGAUCAGAUCGGAGGAGGCUUGUUCGGAGUGUUCGGAAGUCGAUUGGUCGUGGUUGGAGGAAGUGGAAAGCCUGCGGGCGUCGGAGACGUCCGGCCACGGCGCGGGUUCAGCGGCCAAUGAGCGCUUUGAGUUGGUGGGGAGGAACGCGUCUCCGGUGAACGAGAAGACGGAGCGCAAGCGCGACACCGAGGAUCGGUUCGAGGAAGCGAGUCGCAGUGCCGCGAUGUCCGUCACCGCGUCGACGGGAAAGUCCUUAGUAGAUAGUCUUUCUCGAUCGGACAACGUUGAUCGUCAAAAUAACAAUAAUAACAGUAACAAUAGUAAUAAUAACAGUAGUAACAACGGCAUAUACGUUGGAAGUGCGAAUAACGAUGAUAUCGAAACGGAAUUGCGUUUCGAUUCGAGCAACGAACUUGAAUCAAAUAACAAUAAUGUCGGUAACAAUCGCGUUACAAAUUCUUGGGUACGCGCCUCCAUGAGGCGGCUACGUCAUUUGCGAUUACCAGAAGGAACGCUCGAACACAGACAGCGGAACGUUGAACCGACCAAUCGGAGAACGGCGAUCGUUUCGGCGCCAAAUUCGUUGCCAGACAUCGCACUUAUAGCACCUGAAAUUUUAGCUGCUCAAACGAAUGGUACUUCGGGUCAUCAUUUAAGGCCGUCCAGUGCGCCUGCUGUUCGGAACAACGCGAGUAACGUUGCUAUUUCUAAUACGAAUUCUACCAACGGUAGUGGUAUUGUUGUUGUUGUUGGUGGUGGUAGUGGUGCUGGUGCUGGUGGUGGUGGUGGUAGUGGUAGUGGUGGUAAUGGGAACGUCGCGACGCCGCGACGACCAGGACGACAACACGGCGGCGCCGUAACUAAUACUACCACCUCGAACGCUCCUACCAGCGUCGCGACGCCUUCAGCGAGGUCCAGGUGUGCCUCGAACGCCGUUAGAGACACCACUUCUUCGGGACAGAGCAGCGUAGCAUCUACUACAACCGGAAGCGACGCAACCGGCUCCUCCGGAACCACGACCUGUUCCAGCUCUUCCAACGGUUCACCAGCCAGCACGGCGACCAGCCCGCAACGCGCUGCCUCCAGGAGGACAUGCGAAAGACAGAGGGGCGUUGACAGAGAUGCUGACAGAGGUGAAGAUGACGACGAAGAUGAAAAUCCUUUGGGCAGGUGGCCACACGCUCUUAGUCCAGCCUUGGCUUGCCUUGGUUGUACACUUGGCCUAUUCAACAUCAGUAGAUUCGCUAUUCUUAGUAUUCAAUUCGGAGCCAACUUUAUAGUACAGUUCCUGAUAUUAUCCCUAGUACUUGGAAUACCAUUAUUAACGCUUCAAGUAUGUCUCGGUCAAAGAUUAGCGACUGGGUCCGUCGACAUGUGGAAGAUUUCUCCUCUAUUUCAAGGAGUUGGGAUAGCCUUGCUAACAGCACAAGCGUUUAUUGGAAUUUACAGUAUAGUGGGUGUAUCUUGGAUGUUCGUAUACUUCAGGGAUUCGUUUAUCACGAAGCAAGAUAGGUAUCGAUGGGCAGAACCGUUUCUCUUGUAUCGAGAAGACAGUAGACCUACGCACAAUAGUAGUACUACCUAUAAGUUAUACGAGACGGUUCCGGAUUAUUUCAGUGGUGCUGUUUUACAAAGGCAUCAUUUGAACGAACCCGAUCCUGGCGUUGUUACGUUGAAAUUCCAAGUGGCAUUUAAUUUGGCAGUCGUUUGGAUGAUCGUAUUUGUAUCGUUAAGUAAAGGUUUGAGAUCAUAUGGAAAGGUGGUAUAUGUCUUUACAUUAGUACCUGUGUUUGGUACGUUAAUUCUUUGUACCAAAUUACUUGGGCUGACACCACCUGGUUCCAUUCAUCAGCUGUUUCCUGCCACUGUUUGGAAUGAAUUUUUCAUUAACGGUAAAUCAUGGGUGGCUGCCUCUACUGAGGUUUUCCUUACGUGGGGUUUGCUUGGAGCAGCUGCUAUGCAGAUAGCAGCGCAUAACAAGCAUAAACAUCUUUUACAAAGAGACACCAGUCUUGUCGUGGUGUUGACUUUUGUUGUUUUGCUUCUCGCUGCCUUUUUAGCGAACACCUGUGUACAAAUUCUCAAACAUCAUGGAUAUAUUUACACAACAAGUUCGUUCGAGAGAAUAUCGGGAUACACGUUCAUGCGACUCGUUAAUCAACCAGCACCAUCGUGGUACACUAGCACACCAGAAAGAUUUAUGUCUCAUGCAUCUUUCUUGGUUGGUCAACGAGUUACUCGACCAGGUGCUGAUGUUUCGAUCGAGUCUGGAUAUCAAGUAUUGAGAUUAUCCACUGAAUUAGUACCUGCCACUCUAGCCUUGCUAGGGACUGAGCAAGUCUCACCAUUCUGGGCUGUAUUGUUCUACUUCAUUCUCAUUUUAUUUGGAAUAGCUCAACAGCUUGCGAUAUGGCACUGUGUGAUAACUGGUAUAAUGGCUAUCAAUACGAAGAUGAUGAAAUUAUGGGAGACUACUAUCACGUUUUUUAGCUGCGCCUGUGCUUACAUAUUGGGUUUACCAAUGGCAACGGAGUUGGGCAUUUACGUUGUAUAUUAUCUGGACUAUACGGUCGGUGGGGCAUGGUGGAUAAUGGUUCUGUACUUGGUACAAGUCGGUGCUGUGUUUGCGGUAAGAGGACGACCUCACAGUGGCGAAGCCGUCGUUGCAGAAUUAUUUCCACCUACGGGACGAUGUCUCAGACAUUGGGCUGGCCCACUUCUGUCCUUCACGUGGAACGUUAUUCUACCUGUGACUUUAAUGGUACUCAGUAUUACCGUGUUCAAAAACAACGGAUUCCGAGAGCUCUAUUCGUAUCGUCGUACGAGUCGAGAUUAUUGGGCCGUGUGGGCGAGGCAAUUGGGUGCGGCGAUUCAAUUGAUUCCAAUAUUAACGAUCCCAGCUGUGGCAAUAAUCCAAACUUGUCGAUAUCUCAAUAAUGGUCCGCCCGAUAUAUUCGACAACGAACAAGUGGAAGUUAGCGUAAGUCACUGCGAUCAGUGCAAUGGCAGAAUCCAGUUACUCUAUCGUCCGGCUCUUGAAACCGACGACCCGGCGGAUGCUCAUACGCAAAUUGGUAACGACACCAGUACCAGUAUUCAUGGAAAUGGUAUUUUACCGACUACGACGGAUGUACCUUUUGAAGAUCCACCACCGAAAUAUACUCCACCACCUAGUUACACGACGGCAACUGGUGCGAGAAUAGCGAAGAUGUUACGACAAAGUUUUCGAAGAAGCGUCAGACGUAUCGCCAAUGUCCUUGGAGAAAGUAGCGCUCCAAGGCAAAGGCCAGCGUUGCAACCACCACCUCCUGAUUAUGCUACGGUCCUGGUCGAAAUGAAUCAGAAUAGCCAUGCACGAGACGUUUCGAUACACAUGAACAACGAGUCUAGGCCAGACGUAGUAGUAACAAACGUUAGAAGUGGUCGCAACGGAAGAUCCGCGACUGUAGUUGGUAUUGAUGAAAGACACAGGCCAAAUACCAUCGAUAGGAUGACUAGGAUCGAUUCGUUAGACGGUAAUAGAAGAAUCACCGUGGAACGUACUCAUUCCACUUUGGAGAGAGGAACUCGUAGUAGAGGCUGUAACGUCAGCAACAGCAAUUCUCUAACCUCUGCUAGCACGAAUCUCACGGCAGCCGACGUGGCAAAUCUUUUGCGAAGUAGUAUCAGAAGGGGGACAGCUCGAACGCAACAGUCCCUACGUAGAAGCUUCUGUCACGACGAACCGACCGCGGCGGUGUCCGUUCAGAAUCUAGUCGAAGCCGCUGCGCCGAUCGGUCAAGACUCCUUGGUCCUUCCGAAGGACGUCUCUCUAGUCCCCAACGAACACGUCGACGAUGAUCGCGAAGACAAGAAGACUGCGGACGAAAUGGAAAAUUCCGUUUCUGUGAUAUAGACUUCGGCCCCUCUUUAUCUACGUAUCCCUUCUCCCUCAUUCGUUCGAGCUUUAUUUACUACGUCGCAAUACCUUCUCCUCGUUAUUCCCAUCACGAUCAUCUUUCCCUUUGGACGACUUUCUUUCUGAAGGACUCUUCUCCGGUUCAGAACUUGGGCCGCUUUCUAUGUAAAUUAAUCCAUGUUCGUUGCAUCUUUCUCUUUCGGAUUAUAAUUCAUUCGUAUUCUCUUCGUAGUAUUUAUUUCUUUCUCUUUCGAAACGCGUUCUUGUGUCCCGUCGUGUCGAUAAUGAUUUACGAAAACACGUACGAAUCAUUCUUAAUUAGUCUCCAGUUAUGUUGGACGAUCGUUUAAAAAAAAAAAAAAAAUAAGUAAGUAAAAUCUAAUAGCUUUUAUGUUUAAUUAGUUCAUGAAAUAUAAACGUGUGUUCAAGAAAUUUAGCGGAUUACUGCCUAGCUCCUUGACGUAAAGAUUAUUCUAGUCUUUAUUUCUAUGAGCAAAAAAAAAUCAAGUUUUUCUAGGCCUUAGAACAAUCGCAUUCGUUUCUGCAAAGAUACUGUUGGACUUGGAUUAUUUUUUCACGUGAUUGCAGUUUAGUUGAGAUCAUGCUGUUUUUUCUUACUAAUUGGCAUUGCAGAUGAGCUCGUACAAACGAUAUCUUUUUGUAAUAUAAUAAUCGUUUUCUUCUGUUCUUUCUUCUUCUUUUUUUUUAUUCUUUUGAAACAUUCGUUACUGUAAAUAUAUAUAGCAUUUUAUGACUUAAUUUAGGAUGCGGGCCAACCAACUACUUAUUAAAUAUAUCUUUUAAAGCCUG